AUGAGAAUUAAACUUUCCGGUCAGAGGCAUUUGCAAUUUGUUGGCAAGAAGAAAAAAAGAAACGAUAGUAGAAAAAGAUCGUCCCUGACACCCAAGUUCCCGUUUGGUGCUUUAGACCUCGGGAAUUUAUUAUUGAAAAGUAUGAUUAAACAUUCACGAAUGAAUGGAAUCGAAGGCAUGGAUGCCCUAAGUUGUCGGAUCAAAGGCGCUACAUUAUCUAUGAGUCUACUUAGGGCUUAUGGGUAA